CUCUACAGAAACAGGCAGCGUCCUUUGUCUCACCGCCACCGGCUCCGACUCUGUGGAACUGCAGCCUUUGUGUAGCAACAGCCUGCAACAGUUGCGCUGACAAGUGGCGCUUCCUUGCCGUUGUAUCCAAACUGUAUCCAGUGCGGAGAGGGUGUGCGGAUACAAUAGCGACCCAGGCCUCUCUGGGCAGAUAGACGGCUGCUCGACCAUGGGAGGAAGCGCCUGAUCAGCGCCAGCCGAGGCCGCUCCGCUCCCCCCCAGAGUGUGUGCAUGUGUGAGUGUGUGCAUGGGGGGAAAAUGAGCGUCGGGGCAUCGGCGGAGACAGCGAAGAAGCCCGUGGAGAUGGCAAGAGAGAAGUAUUCUUGCCCCGCCAGCUGCCUGACCACCCCCUGGCCAACUCCCGGCCAACCGUGAUCGAGUGACAGGAAAAAUCAUAACAUAAUUCCGCCGGAGGAGAGGAUGGAGAGCGUGGGGAGAUUUGAGUUCAGCAAGAAAGAUCUGAUCGGGCACGGGGCGUUCGCCGUGGUAUUCAAGGGUCGGUGCAUCGAGAAACAUGAUUGUGAAGUUGCCAUUAAAUGCAUUAACAAGAAAAACUUAAUAAAAUCUCAAACACUUCUGGGAAAGGAAAUUAAAAUAUUAAAGGAACUGAAGCAUGACAAUAUCGUGGCACUCUAUGACUUUCAGGAGAUGGCAAAUUCUGUCUAUCUGGUGAUGGAGUACUGCAAUGGGGGUGAUCUUGCCGAUUAUCUUCAGUCGAAAGGGACUCUCAGCGAAGACACAAUCCGCCUCUUCCUGCAGCAGAUCGUGGGGGCCAUGAAGAUGCUGCACAGUAAGGGGGUCAUCCACCGUGACCUGAAGCCUCAGAACAUCCUGCUGUCCCACAGCGGAGGACGCAAGUCCAACCCCAGCAACAUCCGCAUCAAGAUAGCUGACUUUGGCUUUGCCCGAUACCUACAGAGCAACAUGCUGGCAGCGACCUUGUGCGGAUCGCCCAUGUACAUGGCACCAGAAGUUAUCAUGUCCCAGAACUACGAUGCCAAGGCAGACCUGUGGAGCAUCGGGACUAUAGUGUACCAGUGCCUGACAGGCAAAGCACCCUUCCAGGCCAACAGUCCACAGAAUCUCCGCCUUUUCUACGAGAAAAACAAGACCUUAGUUCCAAACAUUCCGAGGGAGACCUCCAGCCACCUGCGUCACCUGCUCCUGGGACUCCUACUGCGCAACUACAAGGAGAGGAUGGACUUCAAUGAUUUUUUUCACCACCCUUUCCUGGACGUCAGCUCAUCCAUGAAGAAAUCUGCCCCGGUUCCAAUGCCGGCCUACCCCAGCUCGGGUUCCAACAGCUCCUGCAGCAGCUCUUCCACUUCCCACCUCGCUUCCCCUCCGUCUCUGGCGGACGUGCACCAGCUGCGGGAGAAGAGCCUGGCCUCACCCCCCCAGGAGGCGCCAGGCUUCCUCCAAGCCUCCAAGGACUCAGCAGGGAGCAGCAGCAAGAACUCCUCUUGCGACAUCGACGACUUUGUCCUGGUGCCCUACAACAGUCCGACGCACUGCUCCAGUGAGCUGCUGAGUGACAGUCUGACAGGAAGGACGGUGAUUGACAGCCUUAAUUACAGCAGCAGCUCUCUUCUGACCUCUGUCGGCCUGGGAAGUCACGGGAGCCCGCUUUCUCCCUCCGCGUCCUGCAGCAGCUCCCCGAGCCCCUCAGGUCGGUCAAACCAGGAGUCGAUUGGCACCUACGGAGCCACGGUUCCCAUCCCUGUACCCACCCAGGUUCUCAACUACCAGCGAAUAGAGCAGAACCUCCAGUCUCCAAGGCACAGCCUCCUGCCAAGGUCGGAGGCGUUUGGAAGGUCCUGCAGCACAAAUCCGCUGGGGAUCAAUAAAACAUCAGCGUCCCCUCCUCAGCAUGGAGACCAGGGCUGCACGCACCAUCGACAGUCAUCUUCUGGAAGUUUGAAGCCGUACUCACCACCACCACAAGGUAUCCUGUUACCAGAACCUCACCAGCACGGACUGGGCACCAGACUGCACAGCUGCUCCCAAUCUCUCGGAAUGUCAGCAGAAGAUAAAGAAGCGAUACUCAGACCCUCUGGUGGCUUAUAUGGCCCAGCCUCAGCAGAGUCAGCCUCAGCAGGUCCAUGUACAACAGUCUGCAGACAGAUGAGACUAUCACCUAAACUCUCCGAGUUGAUUCAGAGGAGCCCACUCCCCACCAUUGUUGGAUCCCCAACAAAGGUGUCGGCGCCUUUUGAGUUCCCAGAGCUUCCUAGCUCCCAGAAUCUCGUCACACUGCUCACUCACCAGGGCAUGACCCUGGCCUCCAAUCGCAACAGGACGGCGCCUGAUCUAGGCCACUUCCACCACCAGCAGCUUGGACACACGCAGAUGUCCGCCGAUGAAGUGAAGGGACCCUUCGGCAGGUCGCUCAGCGCUGGUAAGCUGUCGGAUCUGCUCCUGAAGGCAGCAUUUGGAGGGCAGAUCACGGAGACCGUGAGCAAUGACAGCCUGAACACAGAGAGGGCGAUGGACGUGACAGCUCCCAGCGCAGCCAGCGGGGGACAACCUCCGACCGCACUCUCCUGCAGUCCGGCCCCAGCAGUGUUCAUGGUGGGGUCCCCUCCCAGCGGCACCUCCCCCCACUCUGGCCGGACACGGAUGUUUUCAGUCGGCUCCUCCAGUUCGGUGAGCUCGGUGGGCUCCUGCAGUGGCUGGGCUCCCCCAGUGGUUCCCCGCUGGGUCCUGGCACUGAAACCUUACGGGCUGUACGAGGGGCCCUCAGCUCUCCGAUACACCUUCCCCGAGACUGUCGCAACCAAUAUGGAGGCUGCCGUGACCUUUGAAGCCCCAGAACUACCUGAAGAAACUCUCAUGGAGCAGGAGCACACGGAGAUCCUGAAGAACCUUCGCUUCACGCUGGCCUUCGUUCACUGUGUGAUGGAGAUCGCCUCGGCCAGGGGGAGCUCGCUGGAGACCAUGUCUGGCUUGGGCACCUCCACCAGCCAGCUUCAGGAGAGUGUGGUGGUCGAUCAGAUCAGCCUGCUGAGCAAGGAGUGGAGUUACGCAGAGCAGCUGGUCCUCAAUAUGAAGGUGGCAGAGCUCCUGUCAACGGCUUUACAUCUGAGCAAGAGCCAGAUCAAGGCGGGCAGACUGUGCCCAUCGUCGAGUGUUAAACAGGUGGUAAAGAAGCUGAAUGAACACUACAAGUCGUGUGUGUCGCUGUGCCGCUCCCUGACGGUCAGACUCCAGAGGUUCUUCGUUGACAAGCAGCGGCUCAUGGACAGAAUUAACAGCAUUGCCGCGGAGAAGCUCAUCUACAGCCACACUGUGCAAAUGGUGCAGUCGACGGCGCUGGAUGAGAUGUUCCAACAGGGGCAGGACUGCAUUCAGCGAUACCAGAAGGCGCUACUGUUGAUGGAGGGUCUCUCGCAGAUCAUCACUGACCACGAGGACGUGGGCAACAUCAACAAGUGUAAGCAAUGCAUCGAGCGCAGGUUGUCUGCAUUACAUCCAGGACUGUGCGCGUGAAGCUUUCAAGAUGGAAGUCCUUCCCACUUCUUACAUCUUGCGUUGCCUGGAAUUCCUGGACACUGCUUCGGAACAAUCCCAGUUGGCGAUCUCCCCCUCUGAAAUGGACAGGGUGUUUUGUUUCUUAACUAUUGCCUUGCAAACCAAGGGGCUCCUUGUGAACAGUAAGUGGGAGCUGCUUUUCCUGCAGGUCCAACCCAGUUGUAGACUUCACCAUUCUGCAGCACAUGUCCAUUGCUGAGAACUUUUCGUCUCGUGGUAACAGAAGAGCAGAGGGUGCCAACAAGGAAUCCUCUCCGAUGUUACACUGGGCUGAAAGGAUGCCACUGCCUGUUUUAAAUAACCAACAAUCAGUUGAUCCAUUGAUGAAGAGAGUUGCAGACUUGCCACUGAAGGAAGUCAGUGAGGCAUUUGCAUAGCGACAAAGCUUCCUGGGUUUUGGUUUUGUUUUUCAUCGAAUGCUGCCUUGAAGCACUUUUCUCACUUUUUUCAAUGGUGUUAAUCACAUAUGCACACUCACACAGUCACUCACAGUAUCGCGCGCACACACACACCACACCUGCACACACUGACCUGGGAAAUGAAGGUGCACUUUACAUUAAGCUUGGUUAUAAACUUGAACCACACCACCGCUCAUCCCACAUUAUCACAGGACGGACCCAAAGCUACAGAUUCCCACCCCGCCCCGGGUUCGAACCCUUACCCCCUCCAACCUCGUCUGUUCUUACGUUGCACUAUUGGCUAAUUUGGGUCUGGAGAAAGUACAUGGCAGUUUGGGGUAAGUGUGUGUGCGUCCCACUUGUUCCUCAGUUACAGCUUCCCAAUGAGUUCCACACCGCAACAGACAAUCACGUCUCUAGACUCUUCUCUUGGACUUCUUCCCUUGCUCCUGGGUUUUGUGAUGUGUGCGUGUGUGUGUGUGUAUGUACCUUCUCUCGUAGGUGAAUGCAGCAAGAUUACGAAUGAACGCGAGUGUGAAUGCAAGAGUGCAGAGUGUGACCGGGACUGCAUUUGCAGUAGCGAAUGGUCACUUGAAUGUAGUGGCAUGGUCGGACUUUAAGACUACUCGUGAUUUACGAAUUGUCAGCCAAUGAUUUCCUUACACUCUUUCCCUUAAAUACUUGAAAAUUACCCACUGUGUGUAUACAAGAAUAUAUAUAUAUAACAAUGAUAUCAGUGCCACCAAGCUUGUUGCAAGAGGUUUAAAGUAACCCCUUGGUGUGUAAGAUAAAUGUUGUCAGUAAGUAUUUAUUGCCUUGAAGUCAGAGAUGGAAGCAGAACGGAGUGACUACUCAAAGUGUCACCUGCUCCUGAGGCAACCUGAUCAUGGUCAUUCCUCCACUGUCGCAAGGUAGAUACGUAGCUUUUGUUGUUUUUUUUGACUCGUUUCCCAGGAGCUGGGGUUCAGCUCGUUCUUAUAUAUUCAGGUUGAACUGUUCAAUGUGUGUUUUGUUAAAAUGCUGGAAAUGUAUUUUUUUUUGUUCUGUUUUUAUUUCUGUGUGUGAUGUAACUUCAUUUUUAUUUUGAAUUGUACGAAACUGAAAAGAAACAAUUGAAUAAAUCUGACAUAAACUCUU